GAAAUUUACUAUUCAACUAUGUCCUUUUCCUUCUCAAUACAAAAUAUCUCACUUUAAUAUCUCCCAGGCCAUAGCAGAUAUUCUAAAUCAUUGAGGCUCUCUUUCUCUCCUUCAAUUCAGCUUUUGUGCCAAAAAAAAUGGCCACAGCAUGCCUCUCCCUACACAAACUGAGCAAUACUUUGAUCACAAACAAUAAUUUAUUAUCUCAAAGGAGGAUGAGGAGGACAAGUUAUUGUCCUAUGACAUGCAGAGCUACUUCAAGAUCAUCUUCUUCAUCUUCUUGUUCCAUAACAGAAUUUGAUCUCUACGAUCUUCUUGGCAUUGAUAGCUCCUCCAAUCAGUCGCGGAUCAAAUUGGCCUAUCGGACGCUGCAGAAGAAGUGUCACCCAGAUAUUGCAGGGCAGCCUGGACAUGACAUGGCCAUCAUACUCAAUGAAGCUUAUUCUGUUCUAUCAAAUCCAACUUCAAGAAUGGCUUAUGAUAAGGAACAAGCAAAGAUUGCUGAACUCAGAGGCUACACAGGCAGACCUAUGUACUCAGCAUGGCAUGGCUCGGAGGGCGAAAACCGAGCUGUUUUUGUUGAUGAGAUUAAAUGUGUUGGAUGCUUGAAAUGUGCUCUAUUUGCAGAGAGGACGUUUGCCAUCGAAUCAGUUUAUGGACGAGCGCGAGUUAUCGCGCAAUGGGCUGAUCCUGAACACAAAAUCCAGGAGGCCAUAGAAACGUGCCCUGUGAACUGCAUAUCGGUUGUUGAGAGAUCGGACCUACCAGCGCUGGAAUUCCUCAUGUCUAAGCAACCGCGGGGCAAUGUCAGAGUCGGCGCAGGCAAUACAGGCGGAGUACGUGUCUCGAACAUAUUUGCUGAUGUCAAGAAAUUUCAAAACAGAUAUGUUGAUGCCAUGGAUAAAGGUGCAAAAGAAAGCUCCAAGGAAAAAGAUUCGCAGCGAGAAGCGUGGAUUUCAUCAAUUCAAGCCAUCAGAGCCAUCUCAAAUUGGUUAUAUUGGCAAUCAAACAGUGGAGGAUCACAAUCAUCAGAAUACCUGAUACACAUUGCACAAAAAGCAAGCGAACCUGACAUCGACAAGCUUCGUGCUGCUGCUGCUGCAAGGAAACAGGCAAGAAAAAAUGCAAGACCUACAUACCAGAAACCAUCCAAUUUUAUUCAAGAUGAAUACUGGGCUCCUACACUCCACGCUCUGCCAGCCUCUUCACCGGGCAACGUUGGCUUUACCGAAGCUGUAAAACCUUCAUAUGCUAAGCAGGAGAAGGAAUCAAUUGAUACAGAUGAUGAAAAUUACAAAAUGCAAGUGACCAAACAUAGAAAUCCCAUCUUUGGAAUGGUAGUUCCAGCAGGGGCAGCAACAUUGGCAGCAGUUAUGAUCCGAUUACAAGUAGGAGAGCGACCAGUUGCCGAAUUGAAUGAACAUAUAGGCGGCACCAUGGCAUUAGAGAUUGUCAAUAGCCCCUGGUUACAAGUCAUUUUAUCAGGUUUUACUUGGUAUUUUGUUGGGGUGGCCAUAGUAGAAUUAGUAGACGGCAUUCGGAACAGGUAAAUAGAAUAUGCAUACGCAGUUAACUUAUCCCAAAUUGUAAUUCUCAAAAUUUGUACAUCCAUAUUUGUCUAUCAAUCCCAAAUACAACAAGAUUUUAUGGUAAA